AUGCCGUCUGCUAUUUUGAAAUACAGGCCGGAGCCUGCUGGCCGGGUGCACAUUCCGGAAGUUUUGAGAACACCGUCGGGUCUGGCUCUGGUGGAGAUCCAGGGAACGGUGCACAUUGGAUCGAAUGCUCUGACUGAUUCGGGGCUCAAUUUGAAUACUAAAGAGUCGUCUCUUUCUUUUGAUGGUGAUGGUGAUCUGGAUAUGAACCAGCUGCCACGAGAGUCGGGCAAUUCGUUUCGAACAGAUCUUAAUUUGCUGGGGAAAUUCACUUUUUCCGAGGACUCGAAAGACGUGGUGCUUAUCAUGGGCAACUACCAGCGACUGCGAGGUAAAAUCGUCGCCUUAAAGAAACCAGUGGCAGUGCUUAAAAUGCUCAAUCGAGAAACCUCGGCCACUCCGAGCUCGUCCAACUCAAUUGAUAUCCCUGUAGUCGAGAUCAUCCGUCACAAAGUCCUGUUCGACUCUCGACCCGAGCCUGUUGUGUUCUAA